AGAUCUCUCGGAGUCGUUCGACGCAUCGAAGAGAGAGAGAGAGGUCCCGGAGGACACCACCCUCUUUUCUCCCUGCUCUUCCCCGCGUCGCUUCCCUCCUUUUCCCUCCUUUCAAACCCUAGAAACAGCAACUCAAAACCCUAGAAAUUUUCCACCUCCUCCCCUUAUUUCUCUUUGUUUUUGUGAUAAAUAUAUCGAUUUUCGUCUCGGUUUUUAUAUCCCUAGAACGCUGAGUCCCUCCCCGCAAGAUCCCGUGCCCUAAUUUCCUCGAUUGGGGCCGGUGCGGCCCGGGAAACCCCAAUUUGGAGCGGGGGAUCUGUUCUUUCGUCUUCUCGAUUCGUUUCCGGUGUUGGGAUUUGUCUCGGAGUCGAAAAUUUGAAAACAAACGGUCCUUGUGCGGUUUUUUCUCGGUUUUUUUUGAAAACUAGGGCAUCCCCGAACAGGGGAAAACUCGCAUUUUAAGGCCUUCUUCUCCCGUUUGGGGAAUUGGGCGUGAAGUUCUUAACUAGGGGCUUAUUAGGUUUGCUUCUCUAUUCGUUUUUAGAAUCAGCUGGUGUCUAGUAGGCUCUGCACUCUGUUGUAAUGAUCGGAAUGCUGAGGUAGCGUGCUGUUGAGUUGCUUUUGUGCUUUGUUCAUUUCAUCUGGGUUUGUUAGUAGCUUUGGAGUGGCGAAUUGCUCGCUUGUGUUUGGUUCUGAGUUUGUCGUGCGGCAUUGGAGGUGUUGGCAUGAGCAGGGGAGGAGUGAGGGGAGCAUUGCACAGGAGAUGAGUAGGUUGUCGUUCAGGCCUCGUCCACUUGACAUCCAUAAGAAGCUCCCAAUCCUCAAAUCCAUCAAGGACUUUGAGGAUGAUGAGGCACCGAGCACUUCUUCCUCUACCCGCAACUCCCAGUUGCUCCGGCUUGCUCCUGAGGCCAACAAUGAGGUGCAUCAGAAUUCUCUCAAGAAAAGUUCACCCGAGAUACCUACUCCACAAUUCAGUGUUGCGGAUACAUAUGAAAGAGACUACUCUCGCACUUUCACACAGCCUCCGUCGUAUUUACGUGGAAGAGGAGCCAGGGCAGAGAUCGGGGAGUUUGUUGAGUAUGACAUGGACAAUGAGGAUGAGGAUUGGCUUCAAGAGCUCAACCAUGAAAAGAAAAUCCUUGCACCUGAAAAGUUUGAGACUUUGUUGUUUAAGUUGGAGGUUUUGGAUCAUAAAACUCGAGAAAGAGCAGGAAUCAUUGCUCCUACUUUUGGUUCUCCUGUUCCUGUUCUUUUACAGCUAUAUUCCGCAGCUGAGGCCUUGCAAGUCCAGUCAGCAGGAUCUGCAGUUUUCCAGUCUGUAUACAAUUAUUGGAAAGCAAAGCGAGAGCGAUGGCAAAAACCUAUCCUGCGGCGCUUGCAGCCUCCUCCACCAGUUAAUGAUACAAAUCCAUACAAUGUGUUUAGACCAAGAGAAAAAGCUCACCGCCUUCACACAAGAAGGAUGCAAAGGCGGGAGAACAAUGUCCAGUCCUUUGAAAAACUUCGCCAGGUCAGGCGUAACUUGGAUCAGGCAAGGACAGUAUUGGGGGCUUUGAUCGAGAGGGAAGAGAAGAAGCGAGAGGUCAUGGAGAGUGAGGUGAGCCUUCAAAGGAUUCAAAUCAAAUAUAAGCAUCAGGCACAGCUUGUCGAAGAUGGAUUUGCAUUAUCUGGCUUCCCAUCUAAUUCAUGGAAAUUUGUAUCAAGUGAGGAUGAUUUUUUUGACUCUGAUGACACCACAAGUGGUCACCGACAUGCACCAUCAGCUGCAUUGCAGAAGCCACCCUUCACUGAUUCGAAGCUGAUAGUGGUCCCUGCAGGACGAAUGAAGCAUGAAAUGAGACGAAGACCUUUACCGCAUCGAUGGCUUCACAAGAAGGACCUGGAUGAACCUGUUUUGCUAUUCACAAGACCUCUAGAUCGAGAUAAGUUGGCUUCUGCUGGCAUCGUGCAGCCACCAGAUCCUCCUGCCGAGAAUGGUCCAGCUGCACCACCUUACCGCUUCCAAGGGAGGAUAGGGCGAGGCGGAAGGAUCAUCUUUGACCGGCGGAGUCCACGUCUCCAAGCACCAAUUGUCAAUGAAGUCAACCCAUAUGUCCCACCAAACAGUAGACCUCCCCAACCAAAUGGUUGAGUUGGUGUUCAGUGAUGUACCAUUUUCCAUCAGCUGUGGGGAUGACUCAUCUGAGAAUACCGGCAGAAAGUCCCAUUUGGCUUCUGGGAUGACUCAAUGGGGCCUGGAGAAGUCGGGGUAUAAGAAUGUCUUGAAGGUCAUAUUGGGGCAUCUUUGCAGUGGCAGGAAGGCUGUGUUUGUGACCUAGCAGUUGCCAGGGUUGUAGCUUGGCAUGGGCUUGGUUGGCAAAUUUGCAUGACUCUAGCAAGUUUGGUUUUUAAUUGCAAGUCAUGCCAAUUCCACCGGCCUUCACACCGUGUACAAUUAUUCAUAUCAUGGUCAAAAAGUCGCAACAUUAUUUAUCCGAAAGUUCUCCCAUUUUGGGGGUCAUAACGGUUGAAAUUCAAUAUAAUGCUCAUCAUUGUUCAAAUUA